UUUUUUUGUCUAACGUAUUGCGCCCGCUCUAUGGCCUAUAUAUACCCUUCCGGAGACGCUUGAAGUGUUAAAAGGCUGACCCUUGCAGGUGUUAAGGCCAUACUUCACCUAACUUUCGUGGCGCGAUAGGAAUAUGUCAUCCUCGUUUUUUUUUUAUUAUUAUUCGUAUCUAUUUCUUUCAAAGCGUUACAGAAAAUCAGAAUAAAAUGUAAACCAAAAACCGACGCGUCAGCGCUGUCGUCAUCUUUAUCAUCUGGUGGUCUCCGCGCGCAAAGGAAGAAAAAUAGCUCGAGCCGAGCUGGAACGGUCACUGUUCGCGUAAAUCUGCUGCCGUUGCCGGCCUCAAACUUGCCUAGUCCUGAUCGCGGCCCAGCUGACACCAUAACUAGAGCGACGUUUUUCUCAGCGGGAGCUGCUCCAUCACCUAAGCAUCCCGACCGCUGCUGAGAGACCGCGAUGCAGACCCAGUUCAUCUCGUCCAGCAAGGGUCGCGCGGAGCGAGUCCAAGCGGCUAAGGCCACCUUCACGUACAGGUGGUGGCACGGCGUGACCGCCACCAACAUGAUCGUGUUCACGGCCUACUUCUUCUUCGUCAUCUUUGUCGAGGUACACAAGGAGCCAGAAGCGCAUCUCGACAUCGGCACCGUCUACGGACGUACAUUCAAGAACCUCGAGGUGUCGGCGUUCUACGGCGUUCCGUACGCCAAGCCCCCCGUAGGCUACCUCCGAUUCCGGCGGCCAGAGCCCAUGCCCGCGGGCUCGCUGUCGUUUGACGCUCGCAACCCGCGCUACCCGUGCGUGCAGCACAACCUGUACUACGGCAACACCACCCUGGUCGAUGCGUCCAACACGUCCGAGGACUGCCUGCACCUGGACAUCUACACGCCCACGGCGAGCUCUGCCUACGAGCAGCUCAGGGGCAUCGGAGGCCUCGGGGGCGCGGGACACAGCGCCGUCCUGGUGGCGCUCAUCGACGUGCGCUUCGCCAACGGCGGCAACUCGUACUUCUUCGCCGACCCGCGCCACUUCGUCAACCAGACCGGCGUGGUGGUCGUGGUGCCCAACUACCGGCUGGGCGCGCUAGGGUUCAUGAACAGCGGGAAGCAGCGGACGGGAGGCAACAUGGGACUCCUGGACCAGGCCAUAAUGCUUCGCUGGGUGCGAGACAACAUCUUCAGCUUCGGCGGCAAUCCGCACAACAUCGUCCUCAUGGGCGUCGGGGGAGGCGCGGUGGCCGCCGGCUACCAUCUGCUGUCGCCCAUGACGCGAGGUUUCACCAGACGCGCCAUACUGCACAGGUAUAGGAUGCACGCGCGAAAUUCUUGUCUGCUUGUACUAUAUAUAUCAGCAGCAGCAGCAAGCAGCAGCCUAUAUUUAUGUCCUCUGCAGGACGAAAGCCUCUCCCUGCGAUCUCCAAUUACCCUUGUCUUGGACCCGAUCGAGGAGGUGGCGCAGCGAGCCCAGUGCGUCAAGACCGCGGAGGAUUCAAGGGUGGACCUGGCCUCCGCGGUCGCUUGCGUGCACGUAACACCCACAGAGCGUCUGCGCCCAGCGCUCACCGAGGGACACUACCCGAUAACGCACGAUUCGUUCAUGCCACUGCCGUACGAGAUUAUGCUGUCGCAGUCGACGGGACACAGCGCGCAGACGCAUAUAUGCGUGCUUGCAUCGCAGGUGCUUGUGGGCAACGUGAUGAACGAAGGCGGAAUGCUGGUGGCGCACGAGUUCCGCAACCUGACCUACAAGGAAAUGCACAGCACCCUCAAGGAAGAGAUCACCGAAAGGCUGCUCAAGUACCUAGAGCCCUAUCAUAUCCCGUACCUGGAGAAGAUCAUCAAGUGCUACAUCGCCAACCCAGAGAAAUCGCAGUCGUCAAACUUUAUCGACGUGGCCUCAGCAUUGCUGGGUGACCUGUUGUAUACGUGUCCGAUGAAGCGGUUCGCCAAACUCUUCUCGGAUGCCGGUAAUCGGGUCAACUACUUCGUGUACGAUUACCAGCCGGAGGCAAUGAAGCUGCUGAAGCCACUCCACAAGGACGCCACCCAGCUGGACGACGUGCUCGCCGUGUUUGGAGCGCAGCUGUUCCCAUCCGAGAUGCUCUUCUCUCACACUAUCAUGAAGCAAUGGGGCGACUUCGCGAAGUCUGGGGAUCUGCCAUCACUGAAGGGCGGCCGUCCGUGGCCACCAUUCACGCGAGACAACCCUCGCUAUGUGUUCCUCCGCUUCCUGACCAACGAUCUCGACACAGAAGAGAAGGACAACCACAGGGACCAUUCGUGCAAGUACUGGGAUGACUACCUCAGCAUGCAGGCCACUCCCCAACAGCCCAAUGAGUUCCCAUACACAUGCGAGGAGAUCAGCCCAUACUAGCCACGCUAGAGUCACAUGUCCGUAUAUUGUACAAUAUGCGCUGCCCAAUAUAAAAUGCGAAAUAUAUGUGAAAUCUAGCUUUCACUUCACAUACCCUGAAUUUCUCAUUGUCACCAUGACACCUUUUGAAUGUGUGAUGAGACAAAGCUAUCCUCCAGCCUUGGUCUUGGCUACACUGCCAGUGCUUUCAGGCUAACACAGUUUACAUAUUCAUCUAUCUAACUGAUCCUUUGGCUACAGUCAAAGUUAGAACUGUGCACCUAUGCCUCAGUAACACUCAGUAGGUCCAGCCUAACAAAGGUUAGGUUGGGAAGCCUAAGUGCAGUUAUUUUUGUAAGUGCACAAGUGUAUGUGAGGGCACAUUAAAGACAGUGAAUGCUUUUCUCUACAUUAAAGUUCAUUGCAGUUGUGUUACAUUUCCAUUUGGUUCUUCGCAUGCAGGUCUGUGCCCUGAGUGUCAUUUUGUGGAUUUAUUUUAGCCAAUACCGGUUUGCUUUUUUCAGGCUGCGACAUAAACAAUCACUGUGUCUGAGCACUAAAAAGCAAAUAUAUACAGGAACCGUAACUAUCCCCACAAAAUUUACUUGCCAAGUUGCUCAUACGAAAGCAACAACAAAUAUUUAAAUAGAAAUUUUUAAAACUGAAUCGCCCUAUUUUCAAAUAUUGUCCAUGGUAAUAAAGCCCAAGAUUUCCUUGAUGCUUUCAUUAGACUAA